GCCGCCCUGCCCGCCGGGACGCGCCGGGCGGCGACACGGGAAGCCGGAGAGACAGCGUGGGGGCAGGCGGGUGGGCGGCCGCUGCUCCCCCGGGGCGAGGCGAAAGCCCCCUCCCUCACUCCCUCCCUUCUCAGAGCUCUCCGCGGAGGGAUCUGCCCCUCACCAAAUGGCGGCGCUGAGCAACUGUGCGCGCCUCCGGCCCUCAGUCCUGGCGGUGCGGGGGCGGCAGUUGCGGGCCGGGUUUGCGAGGCUGGGGGCGGGCUCCCUGGCCCUUGGAGCUCACCCCUCAGGGCGGGGGAGUUGCCGUCCGUCCCCCGCGCCUUUUCCCUCCGCUCCCCUCAGGUGUGCUCCGCAGCGGGAGGGCUGGGGCGGCCGCGCCCCACGGCUGUGGGCUUCCUCACAGCAGAGGAGGAGAGGAGAGCAGCUACUGAAGCCUUCAACUCCAGCGCCAGCUCGUCCUGGAAACUUGAGAAGGGUUGCUCAAAAAUGGCUAGCAGCAACGACUGGUUUCAGAGUGCUGAAAUACCCCCCUUUGGCCCCAUACAAAAGAAGACUUUGCCAGCUCGCGGUCCUUGGCAGCUGCCUUUAAAGUUUUCUCAGUCUGUGUCCGUAAGGCCAAAUCUUUUACCUUCUGAAAGAUGCAGUGUACCAAAGAUGACACCAAAUCCAGAACCUUUUCUUUUGAAAGCAGCCCAUACACCGUCAUUAUCAGCACUUCCUCCAAAGAAAGACCUAGAGGAGUUCAUUGCAAAGUUUGAACAAGGACUAAUUAACCCAGUAUCUGCCUUGCACCAGUUUGCACAAAUGCACCAUUUACGACUUGAAUUGAAAGAAACUAGUGUACCAGGCAAUAUCAUAAGGCCUUAUUUUGCAUUUUGUGCUGUGGUAGAUGAUGUUUGCUACAAAACUGGCCUGGGAAAAAACAAGAAGGAAUCUAAAUUAAAUGCAGCUAAACUGGCUCUUAAUGAGCUACUUAACUUGGAUCAUUCAGGGGCAAGGGCUUCUGAAAAGUCAGAUCCACCCUGUACUGCUGGGCCCCAAACUCCAGCAAACUCCGUUCAUGUUUCAAGGAUCUGUUUCGGAGGACACCUUAUGUAUCAAAAACUUCUGCAAACACUUGAAGAAGUAUUUAAGAGCCUGACUACCAAAUAUCCUGAGUACCAAAGUUGUGGCAGUUCACUGGCUGCCUUCAUCGUUGAAAAAGGUGGACAGCAUGAAGUUGUAGCUCUGGGAACAGGAGAAUGUAAUUACAGUCAGUGCUUUCAACCUUGUGGAAGAGUGUUACAUGACAGCCAUGCCAUUGUUAUUGCCAGGCGUUCUCUACUCAGAUACUUUUAUAGACACCUUUUGCUGUUCUAUAAUGAAAAUCCAGCAAGGACAGAGAAGUCCAUAUUUUGCACAGCACCAGGCUCAAAGUUGCUUACUCUAAAGCAAAAUACAACUAUCUUUCUCUACAUGAAUCAGCUUCCCAAAGGAACUGCUCAGUUAAAAUCACAGAUACAUCUCAAUCCACAAUCUAUAUCUGCUUAUGAAACUAAUGAGGAAAUGAGUCUUCAUGUUGCUGUAGAAGGCAAGAUUUACCUGACUCUUUGUUGUCCACCUAAAACUGUUAGAGCAAGCAGUAUGUCAGCUAGUGACAAAUUAACAAAAUGGGAAGUGGUUGGUAUUCAGGGAGCAUUGCUGAGUCACUUCAUUGAACCAGUGUAUAUCAACAGUAUUCUUGUAGGAAAUGGAAAUUGCAAGGAUACAAGAGGGCUAGAAAUAGCUAUAAAACAACGUGUUGAUGAUGCAUUUACAUCAGAGCUUCCCAUGCCUUACCUGGUCAACAGAUCUCAUACUUACUUAGUGAAUGCUGCAUACCCAAUUCAAACGGACUUCACACAGAGGUCUCUUAGUUUGAAUUGGACAUUGUCAGAUGCAUCACUGGAGGUUGUGGAUGGGUUAAAUGGAAAAACCACUGAAAGCUCACCAUUCAGAAGUGGCGCUUACAUGGCAAGUCGCCUUUGCAAGGCAGCCAUGUUUAGUCGUUUCAGACUGCUUGCUAAGGAAGCACGACGGAAUGAUUUGCUUCAAGUUGCAACAUACCAUGAAGCUAAGGUUCAAUCUGAAUUGUACCAAGAAGCUAAAAACUUGCUACAAAGCUACUUAGAGCAACAUAGUUAUGGAUCCUGGAUUGUGAAGUCUCCACAUAUUGAACAGUUCAGUGACUGAUUGUGAGGCACACUGUAUGAAAUGUAAUUUUGAUUAGUAAAAUGUUUUAACUGUAGGGUUCAUAUCUGCAGCAAGAAAAUAAUUCCAGAACUGCUUCUUUUCAAUUUAAAUGCACUUAUUAAUUGAUCUGUAGCAGCUUAAUCUUUUCCAAAAGUUGAUGUUUUCUCACAGGUAGGCGUAUCUAAUGGCUUUGCAAAUCGGUGCUGUUUUGCCCCUCAACGCCACCUCAUUUCUGCUCCCUCACCCUGACACCCACCCCACGCAUACCCCGUGGAGUAAUUAACAUGGUGUUUUUUUCCUGUUAGUUUCGGGAUUGCCGUGUGCUGAUUUCUUUUUUCCCACCUUU